UUCAAAUAUAUAUAUCACAAAACAAAAUACAGUUUGGGUGUGACUACAAUCAUCGGUGUUGAAUAUGUUAUACUUACAGUGUAUAUCUAUGUUACUUCAUCUUCGUCGGCGUAAAAACCAGGCCAGUUGCAGUGUCAGAAUGCUGCUUUGACUGAACCAAUAUGAGUCUCUAACCAAUGACUUUCUUACUGGACUUUUCUCUAAAGUAGCCUGCGACACUGCACUAUAAAUGCAAGCCAAAGCACAAUCUAAAGAGUGCUGAGACACUGUGUGACUGGCCGAGACGUCAACACAGCUCGGGUAUGCAAUACUUUCCUACAUUCAAAAAGCUUAUUCAUGUCCGUGCGCUCUGUGGAUCUACCUCUUUUUUUGUGUGUCAGUGAUCUAUUUGCAUGUAUUCAGCUGUGGCACCGCAUACUGAAAUGUUGUAUGUAGGUCAUAUAUUAACAUUUCAAUUUGAGAGACUAUAAUUCAUGUUGGUAUGACAGAAAAUCAUGUUCACAUGCUUCAUAUUAUUGUCGAAAUUAUUACGCUAUGUAUAAAAACUUAACCAUGCUUGGAAUCUAUUUGCACAAGUACACAUGUAUCGUUUCACCAAAAAAAAAAACAUGUAAUUUUAUGUAUUUUGAAUCCAGUGCUUCCAAACAUUUCCCCCCCAAAAAAUGUAAAUAGGAAGAGUACGGUGUAUGUUUGCAUGAAUGUACUUGUAUUUGACUGGCCAAGAAACAUUUAGUUGUAGCUCAGUGCUGAUGCAAUACUUUUUACUCCUUUUAAUAGAAGGUACCCGACCUGUGAGUGAAUGAUGAAGACGGUGUUUGUGUAUUUCACCACAAGUGUGAAAAUCAGUGGAAGUAAUUCUGCAUAUUUAUUUGUGAAUGGUAUAUGGAGCAAAGGUUGAUUGUUUUAUGCUUAGGACUGGGGGUAUAUGCUUCUCCUUGUCAACCAUUAUUGCACUUGACUGUGGAAAUAUAUUUCCAUUAACUGACUGUUAUGAAUAAAGUCCUUUGAAGAAGUGGUUUGGAGUUUGUCAAAAAUUACUGGGAGAUAAUAACAAAUUGUUAAUACUGUAUGAUUUAACCAUACAAAAACCUCUCCAAUGUUUGUGAUUAAGACCACACUAAUCGUUUUGUGUUCUGAAGGUCACCGGUAAUAUUGCUUAAUCCCACUUUGUGAACCCCUGCAGUGAAAUGAUGGGCUAUUACAGGCAAGCAAGCCGCAUAUAUACUUCGGAAAAUACUCUAGGUUCACCAAGAAAGGCAGACGGUUCAGAAAGCAGCAGUCCUCCAAAAAAAAGGUAAGAGACUUCUACAUUUGAGUGUGUAAUCAUUUGGUGGAUCCGUAUUGUGCCUUUACAUGCUUACUGUAUGUUAAUUUGGAAGGAGUAGCGAUGAAACCCUGGGUUCUGUGGUUGCUGCUUUUGGAGGCAAUAAUGCAACAGAGCCACAGUCAACACUGGUCUUAUGGACUGAACCCUGGAGGAAAGAGAGGACUCAAUGAGUAUUUGAACCAGCAGGUCAAUGUGGCUGAUGGUUUCCUGAAACUGGGCAAGCCUUGUAGUGUUUUGGCGUGUGGAAUGUUAUCCACUUUAGCCAAAAUGUGCAGGCUGAAAGGAUUUCAUUUGAUGGCAGAUUGGGCCCAUUCCCAUCCAUCUUCAUCUACCUCGACCCACCCACUCUUCCUCAUUGUGCUCCAUGCAUGCUCUCAAGAUAAAUGAGCAAGAGGUAAAGCCUAUAUUCAAUCAUUCAGUCCAGCUCCCUUUUAGAAAGC